AUGAACAAUUGCUUCCUUGUAAACAUUUUCAUUUUGUGUAUGUUUUUUGGAGCAAUCGUUGAUGGGUCUUCGAGUAGUGGAAGAACAGGUCCAAGCCCACCACGGAUGUUAAGAAGAAGUGUUGUUGGCCCACUGGGAGUCAGAAAGUGGUAUGUUUAUUGGAUUGCAUCACAAGAGACUGGCGGUUUAGCUGUCAACUACUCUGUGAAACUUUGUACAAAUGACUCUGUAGAUGCAGACCAUAAUCAUUAUUCCUGCAAAUGGAGUAGUAACCCUCAAUGCCAACCCACAAACAUUUUAAGUGCAAAUAAGGAAUUUUCUUGCGUUUUGGAGAAAAAAGUCUUCUUCUUAAGCAUUGGGGAAUUUGGGGACUAUACUAUUUGUGUGGUAGCCUCAAAUGAAGUUGGAACUGCUGAAAGCUGCAUUUUUGCACCAGUCGUUGAAAAUGGUUUAGCUACUCCUCUACCGCCUACAGACUUCUCUGUUCUGACAGAACAGACAGGAGAUGUGAGGGUAAAAUGGGAACUUGAUUCAGCAUAUUCUCGUGAUAAUACACUUGUCAAAGUAACAUACCAUGCAGAAAAUAAGGCUAACAAGACCAAGGAAGUGACAACGAAAACCAAAUUCACAAUAGUGAAAGAGCUGGAAGCAAAUACAAAGUAUUGCUUCUAUGUCACGUUACAAACAUUAACUUCUCAUGAAAAGCUCAGUGCGCCAAGUAAUGUGCUAGGACCAAAAUGUGUCUGGACACCAGGAGCACGUCCGAUCAAUCCACCGGUGGUUCAGCUUCAUCACUCUGUACGUUUUCCUGAUGAUAAAUCUCUGAGAAAUGUGACUGUGGAAUGGACGCCGGUAAAACAAUCUUCUUGGAAAGGCACUCCAGGACAAUAUGUCCUCUACACUGAGUACCCUCUGCUAAGCCGCAAGGAUUUGUUGAAGGGGAAGCAUACAUAUAAUGUAAGUGCUUCAUCAAACAGAACUCUACUGCAAAGACUCAACUCUGCAGACAGUUACAAUGUUUAUAUUCAAUUAUGUAACAAAGAAGGCAAGUGCAGUUUUAGAGGAAGUCCGUAUGAAAUCAAGCCAUUGCAAGAAAGCUCAUCCCAGGCAAGCAAAGGAGGAGGAUUCACAGCUGCACAGAAAGGCUCAAUUGUGGCUGCUGUGAUUGUUGGUGUACUAGCAGCUGGGGUUGGUCUUUAUUUGCUGUUUAAUUUCAGGAAAAAUCGAAUGGAAGAUUUCUCUCGAAUACCCUUGGAUGAAUUAGUUACACUAGAUAACCCCACUGACCUACACGAGUAUAACAUGGUGAAUCAAGCUGAACACAAUUAUUCAGCCUUAUACGCAUACACAGGGUGCAAAGAAAGUCAUUUUUAA